AUGUCAAAAGUCAAAACACUUACAAUCGAAGUAUCCUUAGAUUCGUUAGUGCCAUCUGAACCCUACCAACUUCCUCUAUUUAUAAAUUUUCCCAAUAAUAUGCAAGUUCCCUGUUUCAUUAGAUCACACAUCUUCUUCGACUGUAACAAAGUUGACUAUUCUAACAUUCAUUCUUUUAUUUCCAAUUUCGACUGGCCAUCUACUUUAUCAGCUCUUAGUCUGGAUUCAGCUUUUAAUACCUUGUAUGAUCCUUUUCACAGGGCUGUCUUACGUUUUGUACCAAUGCACUACUUUAGACAAUCAACCUAUCCUAUUUGGUUCACAGAAAAAUUAAAAGAAAUUUUAUUUUUUUUUAAAAAAGACACAUGCAAAAUUUAA